AAGAGAACUUGGCAGGCUUUCCUCAUGGCAGUCUCAUUCCUCCUUCUUCUGUUCCUAUGUGGGCCCUCCCAGGCUGUUACAGACACUAUCCAGGCCAUCUAUGUGGCCUUGGGGGAGGCAGUGGAGCUUCCAUGUCCCUCACCACCCACCCAACAUGAGGAGGAACUCCUGUCUUGGUUCCACAGUCCGGCAGCAGGCUCCUCCACCAUCCUGGUGGCCCAAGUCCAAGUGGCCAAGUCAAUUCCAGACCUUGAGAAACCUGGAAAGGAUUCCAGGCUCAAACUCCUGGGAAACUAUUCUUUAUGGCUAAAGGGGUCCAAGGAAGAAGAUGCUGGCCGGUAUUGGUGCACUGUGGUAGAUCAGUAUCACAAGUACCAGAACUGGAGGGUAUAUGAUGUCUCUGUGCUCAAAGGAUCCCAGUUCUCUGCGAAGGCUACAGAUGGAGCCUCCUGCUCUGUUCUCCUGUGCUCUAUGGUCCCUGCCAGACGUCUGGACACUGUGAACUGGUUGGAGGGGAAGGGUCCUGUGAGAGGACAUGUUCAGUACUUUUGGGGUGAUGGGGCUGCCCUGCUCUUGGUGUGCCCUAUGGAGGGGCUUCUUGGGCACAGGGGCCGUAGACCAAGAAUCAUCCGCUGCCUCAUUCCUCAGAAAAAAGAAGUCAGCUUUAGCCUGGCAGCCUCCAUGGAUGCUUCUCCCACCCUCUGUGCCCCUUCCAUGAGUUGGGAUGUGCCCUGGAUUCUGAUGCUGUUGCUCGCAGUGGGCCAGGGAUUCACCAUCCUGACCCUUGGCAUUGUGCUCUGGAGGCGGAGGGUCCAGGGGGCUCAGAACAGAGAGGCUUCAAUUUCUCACUUCAAACCUGAAAUCCAGGUCUAUGAGAACAUCCACUUGGCCCGUCUCAGCGACUAGCCUGAAGGCCUGGGUCCAGCACCUCUUUUCUCCUGCCAGGAAACCGCAUGCGGUGCUAUGACUGUGGUGGAGGCCCCAGCAACUCCUGCAAAGAGACAGUGACC